AGGGGGGGCAGAAUAAUGGCGGCGACGGGACAGGAGGCAGUCGACAUGGAGAGCAUUUCACGAGCACCUCCGUCAGCGCUUCAGUUCAGGCCCGAUACCGCCGGUAGCGGAGAGGAUCCCGGACACGGAGAGGCGCGAGACAAUGUAGCGCGCGCGCCGAGAAGAUCCACCAACAACAAUGAUGGUGGAGUGGAAACGGCGGAGGAGGCUACAGAGCCGGCCGAGCCCGACAUCAAUGAGCUGUGCAAGGAUAUGUUCGAAAAGAUGGCAGUUUUUCUGCAAGGAGAACUCACAGCCACUUGUGAGGAUUAUAAACUCCUAGAGAAUAUGAACAAGCUCACCAGCCUGAAGUACAUGGAGAUGAAGGACAUUUCGAUCAACAUCAGCCGUAACUUGCAAGACCUCAACCAGAAGUAUGCAAGCUUGCAACCAUACCUAGACCAGAUAAACCAGAUCGAGGAACAAGUCACAGCGCUGGAGCAGGCUGCGUAUAAACUGGACACGUACUCCAAAAAACUAGAGGCCAAGUUUAAGAAACUGGAGAAGCGCUGAGACGCGUGAGGAAAGACGGAGGCCCAGUAAAAUCUUCAGCUCAGAUCAGCCCUUGCUUGCUUCAUUCCGGAGGCUCCGCAGGCUCCAACUAAGCUGCCUCUUGCCAUGUUAGUUGGUUUGCAAUAGGAUCCAGAGACGCACCUUUAGGUUUCUUUUUGGAUGCACACAUUUUUCGAAUUAGUUCCUGAUUGCGGGAAAGACUCCAUGAAGCUUGUGCGCUGGUUUAUAGAAACUAAACUUAUAUAAACCACUCUGGACUUUAGUGUUCAACACGAGUCCUGUAUCCAUGCCCAAUAAUCUUAGAGCUGAUGUACUGAAGGGGAACACGCUGCGUUUAAGUUGUGUGCACGUGGAUGCAUGUGUGUAAACCUGAUGGAACUGUGUGAUGAAUGAUUAAGCACUGUAAUUAACUUUUGGAGGUUAGAAAGAAUGACUUAAUAAUGUCUGAUUUUCUCUAUAUGGUACUAAAAUCCCUUUUUACUAUUAUUAUUAUUAUUAUGGAUGACUGGAAAUGCAAAUAUUUCUAUAAAUGUUUAAUCAUCUUUUUGUUUGUUUUUUGAUUUUUUUCAGAAACAUUGUUAUUGUGUUUGGGAAGUUUGUUAAAAGUGAUUACUAUAAAGGCAUUUCCUGAA